GGAGCUGGAAACAAUUCCAAGGCGUGUGUGCGUGCCUGCUUCCAACUCUGGCUUUCCCAUGCUGAAACGAAAACUCUUCUGAGGGAACUCAGAAGCUGCAGGGGUUAAAUGAAAUACAACUCUCCUUUUCCUGUGCGAUUAAUGCAAGCAAGCCCACUGACUUCUCUGGGGGAAUUCCUGCUUCAUACCACUGAAGGCAGAGAUGAAGAACUUGUUCCUUCUGCUCAUGCUAGCAACAAUGCCACCUUCUGCAUUUUCAGGCCACCGGAUGAAACGACAGAUUGAUGUCUGGGGAAGCUGGGGUGAAUGGGGCGGAUGCAGUCGCAGCUGUGGUGGUGGAGUCAGCUUUCGGGAACGGCACUGCUACUCCCAGAGGACAGAAGGUGCUUCCAGUUGUGCUGGGCCAACUCGAAGCUAUCAGUCAUGCAACAUUCAGAGCUGCCCAGAAGGCUCCCGGGACUUCCGAGCAGAGCAGUGUGCAGAGUUUGAUGGGACAGAAUUCCAAGGAAAGAAAUACAAGUGGCUUCCAUAUUAUGGAGCACCUAAUAAGUGUGAGUUAAACUGUAUUCCCAAUGGAGAAAACUUCUACUACAGGCACAAAGCAGCAGUGGUAGAUGGGACUACCUGUGAACCUGGAAAGCGGGACAUCUGUGUAGAGGGAGUUUGUCGGGCUGUUGGCUGUGAUAACAUGCUAGAAUCUGCCAAGAAGGAGGACAAGUGCCUACAGUGUGGAGGAGAUGGCAGCACCUGCUACAAUGUGAAGGGCACUUUUGAUGUGCCCAGCCUUCCCAAAGGUUACAAUCAAAUCUUCAUCAUCCCUGUGGGAGCCACAAGCAUCCAAAUUAAGGAGGUUAAGCCCAGCAGGAACUUCCUGGCUGUCAAGAACGUGCGAGGGGAUUAUUACCUGAAUGGGCACUGGACAAUCGACUUCAGCCGAGCGCUGCAGGUAGCUAGCACAGUUAUGCACUAUGACCGUGGCUCAGAGGGUGACCUGGCCCCAGAGCUCCUCCGUGCCCGGGGUCCCACCACAGAACCCCUUGUUAUUGAGCUCAUCAGCCAGGAGCCAAACCCAGGGGUACAGUAUGAAUACUACCUGCCUGUGCAGGGUCAGGCCUCAGGUUACAGCUGGAGCUAUGGCUCCUGGAGUGAGUGCAGCUCUGAGUGUGGAGGAGGUUUCCAGUCCCGUUUGGUGUUUUGUACCAUAGACAAUGAAGUUUAUCCAGACUACAUGUGCAGGAGCAAACCGCGACCGCACAAUAACCGGACGUGUGGCCAUCAGACUUGUCCCCAGACUAAACGGUGGAAAACGGGGGAGUGGGGACCCUGCUCAGCUACCUGUGGUGGGGGCACCCAGACUCGCUCUGUUUACUGUGUGGCAUUUGAUGGCCAGAGCUCCCAGGCGGUGGUGGAUAACGCUGAGUGCAUGGCCUUCGCACAGCAGCCUCGCAGCAGCCAGCCCUGCAACAUGAGACAGUGUGCCACCUGGAGCACAGGGCCCUGGUCAGAGUGCUCAGCCAGCUGUGGAGAAGGGGUCCAGACCCGAACUGUUACCUGCAGAACUCAACAGGGCUCUCAGGCUCAGGACUUCGCUUGCCUAAUGGAGCCAAAGCCGUUGGCCACCCAGCCCUGCCUUAAGGAGAACUGCAUCCAGGAAAUUGGCUGGCAUGUUGGAGACUGGGGCCUGUGUUCGAAGAGCUGCAGCUCAGGCAUCCGGACACGCCAGGUCAUCUGCGCUGAUGGUGACUCCAAGUUCUACAGCCCUGAGAUGUGCAAAGCCAUCCAGCCACAGAAACCAGCCACCCUGGGUAGCUGCAACACGCAGCCCUGCUACCUGCCACAGCAGGUCCCCAGUAUGCAGGACACUAUGGGAUAUGAUGUCACUCGCCAGUCCUCGCUUACACGUUACAACCCAAACAGCCCUGCCACAGAUUCUGGUGAUGAAAGGACACUCCCUGAGAGCCCCAUGAUCCUUAGUACCUCUGGGAACCACCACAUCCCAUCCAACAAGGACGAUGGCAUCAACUUGUUGCCUGUUCGUCGGGACUCCCAGUCCUACUCAUUGGGAUCUCACCGGCUCAGCUACUCUGAGGGUCCCUCUGCAGGGACUGGCUCUCAGCACUGUCGUCGGAGCCCACAUGGCUGCUGUCCAGAUGGACGCACUCCAGCUUUGGGCCCUCUAGGGAGAGGUUGCCCCUUCAGCACCUGCCACCAAAACAGGUAUGGGUGCUGUCCUGAUGGAGUAUCAGCUGCCCAGGGCCCAAACAACAUGGGAUGCCCACAAUAUGGUCAAGUGAGCAGAAAUCAGCCCACUACAGCCUCUCCAAUGGCAAGCCAAGCCUUGUCCCAGCAGCACCCCUCAGGCGAGUGCCGCAGUUCCAUGUACGGCUGCUGUUUUGACAAUGUCGCUUCAGCUUCAGGUCCUCAAGGGGAAGGAUGUCUCAAUAGGCCCAGCUACCCAUACCCUCUCAUGUGCCUGCUACCCAGUGCCCAUGGCUCCUGUGCAAACUGGACCACUCGCUGGUACUUCGUGCCUGUUGUUGGCAAGUGCAACCUGUUUUGGUACGGCGGCUGUCACGGCAAUAAAAACAGCUUUGUCUCGGAGGAGGAGUGCAUGAGAUCCUGCCACAGAUCUGGGGGGGUCAGUUCUCUGGAGCACCAGCCACCUUCUGGUGUGGGAGCCCUGCAACACCUGCAGACUGGCUCCCACUCUCAUACAUGGGAUGCACCGGGACAGCAGCCACCGCUGAGAGAGUCUGAGAGUCACAGACAAGAAGGAAGAACCUAUGGGGCCUCAUAUCCCACACAAGACAGCCACAGACAGGACAGCUGGAGAAGUGAAAUGCUGCCAGGGUCUUUGUCAAGGACUGGUGCACUGGAGAGGCCUCGGUGGGGCACCCAGCAAAGCCAAUCAGACAACCUGAGCCAGCCGCACUCAUGGGAAACAGCCCGGCCUGGGCCCUCAGAAAGACAGAGCAGCAGAGGCCAGCAGGUGCUGCCCAGUGAAGGCAAGCAGAGGCAAACACCUUUGAUAGCAGAUGUUUCCAUGACAGAGGGACACCAAGCAUCUGCAGGCUCUUUCCCAGUGCGGGCUCUGCACAGAGCCAUCCUGGAGGAAGCCAAACCCUCUCUUGUAACAGCAGCUGUGGGACAAAACAUCCAGCUGGUUUGCAAGACAGGCUUGUCCCCCUUCUCCAGAGUGGAGUGGAUGAAGGAUGGCCGACCGGUCUCCUCUGACAGGCACACCUACCAGUCUGACAGCUCCUUAGUGAUCAGCCAUGUCAAGCUGGAGGAUGCUGGGACUUACUCGUGCCACAUUUCUGAUGGGAGGACCGAGAGACGACAGAUCCGGUUGCAGAUCAUAGAGUACCAGAGCACUGUUCUGGCAGAGGGUGAGAGAGGUCAGGUCCUUCACAAGGGAAGCCAGCAGCAUCGAGAGCUAUCCAGAGGCAGGAAGGUUGCACAGGCAGCCACUUCCUCUGCGCAUCAGCAACUCACCUACAGGUUGAGAAUGGAUAAGAGUGAGCCCUCAGUAGUGGAGGCCAGCAUUGGGGAGAGAGUCAGACUGCCCUGCACAGUGGAAGCGUCGCCAGCUCUCACCAUUGAGUGGCAGAAAGAUGGGCAGCCCCUCUCGUCUCCCAGACACCGGCAGCAGUCGGAUGGGGCGCUGGUGAUCAGCCGUGUCAGCUCGGAAGAUGUUGGCUUCUUCACCUGCAUCGCCUCAAACGGACGUGACCGGGACCAGCGCCACAUCCUGUUCCGACCUCUAGGAGAGCUGAGGAUCACUGGUCUUCUGCCAAGCGUUACAGUACCUGAGGGGGGAACUGCUCAGCUUCCCUGUACAGUGACUGGCAGCAAUGUUAAUAUAAGGUGGUCAAGGAAUGGAGUCCCCAUGUGGGCAGAUGGCCACCACAUCCACCUGUCCCAGGAUGGAAGCCUGAUCAUAAGCAAUGUUCAAGAGGCUGACGAGGGCUCCUACACAUGUAAUGCCUACAGCAGCAGCAGCUCUGUCAGUGCCAGCACAGAGGUGAAGGUGCUGAGGAGCAGGCCUAGCACCACUGUGAAUGGUGUUGUGGACGUGAGCAGGGAGUGCGUGGACCAGCCACACCUCGCCAACUGUGACCUGAUCCUGCAGGCCCGGCUCUGCAGUAACGAAUACUACUCCAGCUUCUGCUGUGCCAGCUGCUCUCAGUACCAGUCGCAGGCCAGCCCUCGUCACCGCGGGUGACAGAUGCCUCCAUGCCCACAGGGAUGCCCAGGUGACCAGUUACAAGACUGGGAAUAUGAACUCUGUCCUUCUACUGCAUGAAAUUUUCUGGGAGCUCUGCCCUGAUGCGAAUCUGGAGGGUGAAUUGAACAGCACUACUGGCAGGUGUAACUGUUUGAAGGUGGGGGACCCAACACCCUCAAGUUUUUGCAAAUGCCUCUUUCUCCCUGUAUGCCUUGCUGUAGCUAAUCCACCUCUUCACUUAAGGGUAGUUGCUGUCAUUCACAGAACAGCAUGAUGUUUAGAACAUAAGGAUGCUGUGACUUUAGCGAAGGCAGACAACAAGCAUGAAAGAGAGACCAAUUACUCAUACAAGCGAGAGAAGUGCUCUUAAAAGGUCUCUGUUUGAAGAUGAGCCUGAACUGUCUUAAAGAAAGCUCUAAUGAGCAAUGAACAUGUGUAAUCCUGGAGAGCACUUUCCACCUAAUUGCAAAGGAUUCUGGCCAUGAGACAUAGCUUGAUGCAUAUAACAUUAGUGUUCAGGUCCUGUGAAAUUACUGGCUCUAGGGGUGCAGCUGUAAUGUCAUGCUGCUAUAGCUGCUGUAUUCCAGUAGACCUUAGAUACAUGUUUGGUUGGGUCAGUUUGGUGUCUGCUUUACUGUAGUCGGCUUUGGAGUGAAAUGCAGAAGCAAUGCUUCACAGAAAGCUAGAAGAAUACUUUUAGCCCUUCCCAAAUGUUAGAGAUAAGUUAGGUGGGCAUACCAAAACUGUUGCCUUGUUCUGAGAUGCUGCAGUUUAAAUACCUCUGGCUCUAGGAAGGCUCAGCAGAUAAGGUUCUUACUGGUUUUUCAUUCUUGACCCAGAAUUACACUGUUGGAAUUCAUUGCAAAGCCAGGCUUGGUGGUAGUGUUGUGCUGAGUUGCAGCUUGGAAAAGUGAAUGAUACACACAUAAACACAUGGAGGGGCCUUUGACUUGCCAGAACGAACCUCCCUGUGAUCAGGUAAGUCCAGGAAAACCUGGCCCUGUGAAGAGCAUGGGUGGAUUCCUGCUGCUGUGGGCUGACAAGUGAGGACCUCCAGAUGCAGAGCAGCUGUAACUGAAAAGCAUCCUGUGUUUCAAGACUAGCACUGAGUGGCAGCAAGCAGGCAUGUGCCACUCUGCAAGUCUGCACUGUUUCGGGAGGUGAGAUAAUAUCAUGAUUUGUUACAUCAGGGAAAGGCCCUUGGGUGUCUUUAGUAUCAUAAAAUGGAGUUCAUUCUGAGCAAAAGCAGUUU